CUCUUCAUUUUCUUCAACACUGAACAGCUCCCAUUGAGAAAACUGAAUUAGCCAUCAAUCAGAGAAGUAACUAUAGGAGUGAGUACUUCACAAUUCAUCCUCAGAUUCUUAUUGGCAAAUAUUUAUAUGAUGCCUCCUAAGGGCAAAAAGCAAUAUCACUGUCAAAUUUUACCUCUCGAUAUGCUUAGCAGCCUCCCUGAGAAUGUAAUUGAUGAUAUUCUUCUGCGCUUGCCUUUACGAGAUGUUGUGAGGACUAGCAUCUUAUCAAAGAAAUGGAGGUAUAACUGGUGCAGACUUCCAGAAUUGGCUCUUGAUCAAACACUCUGGAUAACCAAAAAGGAUUUAAUGUACUUUGCACAUAAAUUCACAAAGAUUGUCACCCACUUUAUGAGAUUUCAUGAUGGACCAAUCACGAAGUUCACCCUCUUCAUUCCUUAUUUGGAAAGAUCUCCUAAUAUUGACAAAUUGAUACGUUUCCUCUGUAGAAAUGGCAUUCGGCAUCUUGUUCUUAGACUUCCAAUCAGGGGUAACCUGUACGAAUUGCCGCCUUCAUUUUUCACAUGUUUCGAGUUGAGGCAUUUGACUCUCCAAAAUCUUUUAAUACUUCCUCCACCAGCCUUCAGAGGAUUUGAUAGGCUAAUUAUCCUGGAAUUACGUGAUGUUACAAUUUCUUCCAAGUUGCUUGAAAGUUUAAUCUCUCAUUGCUUGUUGCUUGAGCAAUUGGUGCUGCAGAUCUCAAGUGCUUUAAGCGAAGUCAUUGGAAUUAACGGUCCCAUGCUGAGAUCUUUUGACUUCACAGGCAGUAUGAGUUCUAUCUGUUUAAAAAGUACCCCUCUUCUGGCAAAACUUUCACUUACGCAUAGGGAAUAUUAUGUGGCGGCACGAAAAAGUAAUAUUGCCGAGUUUUUUGAGUCCUUUUCUGCUAUAGAGUACCUCCACUUAAAUGACAUGUCCUUUGUUGCAGGAGCAGGUGAAAUACCAACAAGGCUUUUGUUUAAUCUUAACUGUGUCAAACAUCUUCGCAUAUCUAGUAUUUUUCUGGGUUGCUGGGAUGAGGUUGCAUGCGCUCUUUGUCUGAUAAGAAGCUUUCCAUUUUUACAAUAUAUGGAAAUUAAGGUGGAGCGCGAUGACAAUGAUAUACCAGCUCUCAAAUGUCUUGAUGUGGAAUGUUUCUCAGAUGUGUCAUUUAAUCACCUCAGGGAAGUUAAGCUAAUACAAACUAAUGGCACAAUCCCUGAGAUGCAGCUUAUGAAGCUUUUGUUGGCCGUGUCUCCCGGGCUGGAGAGAAUGCUAAUCGAGCCAUGUCUAGUUGAAGAUUCUGCAAAUGUCAGAAUACUCGCCGAGCUAACAAAAUUUCAGCGGGCAUCACCUGAAGCAGAAGUUGUCUAUAAGUUGGAUAAGCAUCGAUAUUAUGACCAUCCUGUUUGAUCGCCACGGCACUUAAUCAGAUCAUGAUCUUUUGCAAAAGUGUUUUGGGAGUUGAAGGGAACAGAUAGAAAUGAAUGUUGAUGUACUUGUAUAAAUCUGUGUUUUGCCAAUUGCCAUAAGAGUGAAAGAAGUAUGAACAUCAGUUUGGGGAUGUAAAUGAUUGUGGAUAUAUGGUUUCUUUUGACUUUGUCAUUACAGUUCUUAGCUUUUUACUUUA